CUCUUACCCAGGUCACCAUGCAGUUCCUGGGCCGUAUAUUGGACACGGUGAGCUCCGUGUCGACUUUGUUCUCCAACCCGUACCGUGUGAGGGAUGUGCAGCUGUCGGAUUAUAAUGGCAAAGUGCUACUGAAACAGGAGGGCAGGCUGGUCCUGUACAGGAACCAACAGAGCCAUUCGUGGGACUGCCUGCUUCUCUGCCCCGAGUCUUCAUCUGUGGCUCUGAGGAUGUUCCAGGUUGCUUCAGAGGAUGACGCCAUGAAUUGGUUCCCUCAGUAUGCCCUCAAACUCCGCCCAUUUUAUGAGAUGCUCCGCCCACCGCUGAAACCUGAAACGUUCCAGCCAAUCGUAGACUGUGUGCGGAAUCACCCCGACUGGAGCUCGGCUCACGUCGCUGUGGAUACUGGACUGAGAGACUGUCUCAAACACAAUUACGUUUUGAGUCAGAUGAAUGCCCGUGACGCCCAGGGUCAGACCCCGCUGCACCUGGCGUGCGAGAGAGGAGAUGUGGGCUGCAUGCGAGAGCUCCUGGAGGAGUGUCAGGCUCGCACGGACAUCAAGGACAAGAACGGAGAGACGCCCAUGCACUGCGCUGCUAAACAAGACUCUGCUGGUGUUAUAGAGGUUUUGUGUGCACAGAUGUGCAUGGGUGUGAAUGAGCUGAACGCCGCCGGGGAAACACCAAUGCACAUUGCAUGCCGUCUCGGGAGGGUCGAGGUGGUCAAGGGCCUGCUGGGGGGCGGAGCACGCUGUGACAUCAUGGGAAGCAAUGGCUAUCCAAUCCACACCGUCAUGAAGUUUAGUGAGAAAAGUUGUGCAGAAGCAAUUUUAAACACCAACCCAAAUCAACUUCUGGCGCAGGAUCCGAUUUAUGGCGGAACGCCUCUUCACUGGGCCAAGACUGCUGAGAUGAGCCGUGUGCUGCUGGACCGAGGAUGUAGCAUCAACUACCUGAGCAAGACCGGAGAGAGUCCGUUACACAUCCUGACAAAGAGGGGGCGCUUUGAGGCCGCAAUGACGCUGCUGACCCACGGAGCCGACCCCAACAUUAAGGGUCAGGAUGGAAACACAGCACUGCACCUCGCCAUGAAGUUGGACCACAUGGACCUGAUCAAAGCUCUCAUGGUGUUUGGAGCAGAUGUCGAAGUUCACAAUGACCUGGGAGAGACACCAGGACUCAUCGCAGCCCGUACCAGCAAGGGGUUUGAUGACAUCAUGCACGUGGCGGCAGCUGUCACGGCCAUGAGUCGUGGAUUUGCAGAGGUCGAUGGGCUCAAGACAGGAAGCAAGAAAAUGGACAGAUUGCUGUGUCUAGAUGGUGGUGGAAUAAAGGGACUGGUUCUGAUCCAGAUGUUGAUCGCUUUGGAGAAAGAAGCAGGACGGCCCAUCAGGGAACUCUUUGACUGGGUGUCUGGGACUAGCACUGGCGGCAUACUGGCCCUAGCUAUUGUACACGGUAAAUCGAUGGAGUAUCUGCGCUGUCUGUACUUCAGGAUGAAGGAACAGGUAUUUAAAGGUUCUCGGCCGUAUGAGUCUGGCCCUCUGGAGGAAUUUCUCAAGAAUGAGUUUGGAGAAAAUACCAAGAUGACGGAUGUCACUCACCCCAGAGUAAUGGUGACUAGCGUUCUUGCAGACAGACAUCCUGGUGAACUGCAUCUGUUUCGUAAUUACGACCCACCAGCCCUGCAAAGAGACCCUCCAUACACAUCUACAGCCACAUUUCAACCCCUUACUGUGCCGAAGGAGCAAUUAGUUUGGCGUGCCGCCCGAUCCAGUGGAGCUGCUCCCACUUACUUUCGACCAAUGGGCCGUUUUCUGGAUGGAGGGCUGCUGGCCAAUAACCCAACGCUAGAUGCCAUGACAGAAAUACACCAGUACAACAAAGCCCUGAAGGCACAGGCGCGUGAAUCAGAAGUGUGCAGGUUAGGUGCGGUCGUCUCAUUGGGCACCGGUAAACCUCCUCAAGUGGCGGUGAACUCGGUAGAUGUUUUCAGGCCUUCAAAUCCACUGGAGCUGGCCAAGACCUUCGUUGGCGUCAAAGAGCUGGGCAAGAUGCUUGUGGACUGUUGUACAGACUCCGAUGGUUGUGCAGUGGACCGAGCCCGAGCGUGGUGUGAGAUGGCCGAUAUAAACUAUCACAGGAUGAGUCCUCAGCUGUCUCAGGAGGUGAUGCUGGAUGAGGUCAGUGACGCUGUGUUAGUUGACAUGCUGUGGGAGACUCAGAUGUACCUGUACGAGCACAGAGAUGUCAUGCAGACCCUCUGCCAGCAGCUACUUCAGCUCUGACAACAGCUUCCAGACUGAAGGCGAUGAAGAGGGUUUUGGUGGCUUCAUAUGCAUAAAUGAUUUAUCCUAUACAAAUAAUGAAUCUGAAUACAGUAGUGUGUGUACGUUGUUGUGACAUGUUCAAUUAAUUUAAAGGCAGAAUAUAUAUAUUAGAGCCCGACCGAUAUAUCGUUUAGCCGAUAUUAUUGGCCAAUAUGAGCCU